AUGUCGCAGAACCGCCCGACUGCGGCAUUCAAUUCACUCCGCAUGGGAGAGGUUAUACGCGAAAAGGUCCAAGACGGCGUCACCGGUGAGACGAGGGACCUGCAAUAUACACAGUGUAAAAUCGUCGGCAAUGGCUCGUUCGGCGUUGUCUUCCAGACGAAGCUAUCGCCUUCAGGCGAGGAUGCCGCUAUCAAACGCGUACUCCAGGACAAGAGGUUCAAGAACCGAGAACUUCAGAUUAUGCGCAUUGUGCGACACCCAAACAUUGUGCACUUGAAAGCCUUCUACUAUUCCAAUGGAGAGCGUAAGGAUGAGGUUUAUCUGAACCUCGUGCAAGAGUUUGUGCCCGAGACCGUGUAUCGUGCGUCGCGGUUUUUCAACAAGAUGAAAACAACGAUGCCGAUUCUCGAAGUCAAGCUGUACAUUUAUCAGCUGUUCCGAGCUUUGGCCUAUAUCCAUUCCCAAGGUAUUUGCCAUCGCGACAUCAAGCCACAAAACCUCCUGCUUGACCCGAACACUGGGAUACUAAAGCUUUGCGACUUUGGGAGCGCCAAGAUUUUGGUUGAGAACGAGCCCAAUGUAUCCUAUAUUUGCUCUAGAUACUAUAGAGCACCGGAAUUGAUCUUUGGUGCGACCAAUUAUACAACCAAAAUAGAUGUAUGGUCGACUGGUUGCGUAAUGGCAGAAUUGAUGUUGGGCCAACCAUUAUUCCCGGGAGAAUCUGGCAUUGACCAACUUGUGGAGAUUAUCAAGGUCCUCGGGACACCUACCAGGGAACAAAUUCGAACCAUGAACCCCAACUAUAUGGAGCAUAAAUUUCCUCAAAUUAAGCCUCAUCCAUUCAGUAAAGUGUUCCGGAAGGCCGACGCGCAUGCGCUCGACUUGAUAGCAAAACUGCUAGAGUAUACCCCCACCGAGCGUCUGAGUGCUGUUGACGCUAUGGUGCAUCCAUUCUUCGAUGAGCUGCGGGAUCCUAGUACAAAACUUCCAGAUUCACGACACUCGAGUGGCCAGCUGAGAGACUUGCCUAGUCUUUUCGACUUUACUAAGCAUGAAAUGUCCAUCGCGCCGCAUCUGAAUCACAAGUUGGUUCCUCCACACAUGAGGCCAGCGCUCGUCAGCCGAGGAAUUGACAUCGAUAAUUUCACGCCAAUGUCGAAGCAAGAUAUGAUGGCUCGAUUAGACUGAGCUAUGCUUGAUUGUGGCUUUUGAAUUUUCUGAUUACGCAAUGUCGCCUGUAUCGCCGUAGCCACAUU